UCAGAGACAUCGACGACGACGAGCUUCGGUCGUAAUCACAGAGGAAGAGACUGAAAUCGGAAAACAAAAUGCCGGUAAUGGAGAAAUUGAGGAUGUUCGUGGCCCAGGAGCCAGUUGUUGCUGCUUCUUGCUUAAUCGGCGGCGUUGGACUAUUUUUGCCUGCUGUUGUGAGGCCUAUUCUUGACUCACUCGAGGCAUCCAAACAAGUUAAAGCUCCCCCACUUACCGAUGUUAUUGCUGGUGUGACAGGGAAGAAACAGAUUUAAUCCAAGCAAUGAUUUUCCCCUGUUUUCUUACAUUCACAAUUUAUCCAUUUUCCUUUUUGUCUUUUUAACUCUUUAAUUCGCAAAUGAAAUAAGGCAGACUCAUGUUUUUGUUCUGAAACUUAUAUAAAGGCAUGUGUGUACACUCACUCUUGAUCAGAACUUGAUCAGAUGUAUUCAUUAAUGAAGAAGCUUGAAAACUUUGUUGCCA